AUGGCUGCUCCGCGAUCGUACAACAAUCCAGGCUACCUCCAGAACGGCGCGAGUGGUCUCCCCCCUGGUGCCGCACCCCUCCUGCCGAACCAGGGUCGAGUCAUCCAAACCGGUCCAAUCCGAGUUUUGUGUAUCGCCGACGUACGAGGAAAUCUGCGGUCUCUCAACGAUUUAGCCAAGCAAGCUCGAGCCGAUCACAUUAUCCACACCGGUGACUUCGGGUUCUACGAUGAUACAUCUCUAGAGCGCAUUGCCGAGAAGACGCUAAAGCAUGUUGCUCAAUACUCGCCUUUAAUCGCGGAGCCUGUCAAGAAGGCCAUUCAACAAGGUGGUCCAGGCCCCGUCAAGAGCAGAUUUGCUCCCAGCGAGCUCCCACUAUCCGAACUGUCCUUACUCCUCUCCGGAGAGCUCAAGCUUGAGGUCCCCGUCUACACUGUUUGGGGUGCCUGCGAAGAUGUGCGAGUUCUCGAAAAAUUCCGAUCCGCAGAAUAUCGGGUACCAAAUCUGCACAUCAUCGAUGAGGCUCGAUCAAUGCUUCUUGAAAUCGGUGGUGUGAAGCUACGACUUCUCGGCCUGGGUGGUGCCGUGGUAAUGCACAAGCUGUUUGACAAUGGAGAAGGCCGCACUACUAUUGCGGGAGGACAGGGAACCAUGUGGACUACGCUUCUUCAGAUGGGUGAGCUUAUUGAUACCGCGCACAGGGUCUACGAUCCUACCGAGACUCGAGUUUUCGUGACGCAUGCCUCGCCUGCCCGUGAGGGCAUCCUGAACCAGCUCUCCGUUACCCUCAAGGCCGAUUUCUCCGUAUCCGCUGGUCUCCAUUUCCGCUACGGAAGCUCCUACAACGAGUUUAGUGUCAACCCAACGCUGGAUCAUUAUCGAGGCAAGCUCGCUGCUUCUAAGGCAUCUUUCAACGAUGUCUGGGAUACUGUCAAGGGGGAGGUCGAGCCUGCUAUUCAACAGAACGAAGCCCAGCAAAACUUGCUCAAGAAUGCUCUUCAGAUUGUCGAAAAGAUGCCUUCAACUGCUGCGGGAGGCAAUCCCUUUGGCGGUCCGGUAUCUGGAACUGGGGCUUUGGGUCAGGUUGACGAGAGCGCGUUCAAGAAUAUGUGGAACUUCAAUCUUGCCGACGCUGCCUUUGGAUAUCUUGUGCUUGAGAUCCAGGAUGGCAGAAUCGGUACCGAAAUGCGUGCCCAGGGAUUCAACUUCUCUCACCGUGGUGUGAAGCAACAGGCCGGAGCCCCGCCUGCUGUUCCGGCAUCGACAGCAUCCCCCAGCAACGCUCCUGCACCGGCUCCUCCCUCCACACAGUCGUCUGCUCCACCCCCAGCCAGCCGACAAGCCUCAUCGGCCCAGCCACCCAAGCCUGCCGUCGCAACUCCCUUGACUGGUCCCCCCAAGUCGACAACUCCUCAUCCUCCCGGCAGCGCCACCAAGGACGCCGAAAAGGCACCUGCAGCAGCCAAUGGAUCUACUAAUGGCCAGGACACAGCGUCUUCACCUGCCCCUACUAAAUCAACCUUUUCCGAUAUCAUCGGUCUUUUCAUUAUGAAUGUAAACAGCGAGGAACAGUGCCGUGAUUUGUUCGCCGAAGAAGACAAGGCCACGAUUGUCAAGAUCGAGAAAUGGGGCGGCUUGAAUAGCCAAAAUAAGGUGGUCCAUUUCAAGACCGUUGAGGAACGUGAUGCUGCACUUGCAAGACUGCCCGAGGACGUCAAGACACGUACCCAGGAGGAUCGUUCAAAGCCCCUCGUCAAGAUCUUCCAGCAUCGCGAAAGCAAGAACUUCAGCAACCGGGGAGGCGCUGGAAACUGGGGAAGCAGCAGCCGUGGGGGUACUACUGCCAGCGGCUACCGAAGCGCUGGCGGUGGUGCGAGUGACUCAGAGAGCAAUCGUCGCGGAGGUCGUGGCGGUCGUGGUGGUCGUGGCGGUGAGAGAGGUCGUGGCGGCCGUGGGAGAGGUGGUGUCAAGGGCGAGACUGGCGCAUCCUCACCUGCUCUUGGUCAAGAAAAUUAG